AUGCCAAGCUAUGGCUAUUAUACUUUUAAGAUCGGAGAAGAGUACUGGACGAUCAUCGACUGGAAUGGUGCCAUUACUGAUGGCCGAUCGGUUGACGACUUUUUGGAGAUCCCCGGACCAGAUGGAGGCACAACGCCAAACGGAUGGGUGGCUUAUUGGAUAACCCGAACAAAGUACCCGGAGAUCCACUACGAAGCGUUCGGCCAUGCAAUCAAAAGAGAUGAUGGACGGAUCUGCGGCUAUUUUGUUGGCGAGGAGGAAGAAGUUGUUGAGGUGUGCGCUGGCUUUCGAAUUCUCUCCCGUCAUCGAACUGAUCAAGCUGAUGCUAAAGUCUUUCAAUGGGUGUUGGCCGGGCAUGUGACGAAUCGGGAUGAGACAGUCGGAUUCGUUCUUCAUCGAAUCGCCAGCACUAGACAUGGGGAACAGAUCAUUUACGGUGAUGCGAUGCUGUUGGACCGGCGAUUCAAAGCCGUUCGACCAGCAGUGUUCGAGGAUUCGAUUAUAAAAAUCGGUGUACACGAGUUUCCCUCAAGGGUUUACCUUCUUGUCAAGCUCACUCCCGAAGUUGGACCGAUUCGAACCGGACUUUAUGAAGGUCACUACCACGAUCCACACACAGAUCAUAAAGCUCACGGACGACAUGGACACCCUUUGCCGCUUCACCGACCACGAGCUGUUGAGACUAGAUCAGCUAUUUGCGCUCCCGGCUGGUACGGUAGGGAAUGUUCGGAAAGAUGCUCUGAAGGAUGUGAAUUUCCGGAGAGAUGUGAUUACACUUCGGGAUACUGUUCAAGGUGUAAACAAGGGUGGUACGGAAGUGGUUGCUCGCUAAGAUGUUAUGCAGGAUGUGAGAGCUGUGAUCAAAAUACUGGUCACUGUUUGAGCUGUCGCUUUGGAUAUCAUGGCAGAGACUGCUCGACGAGAUGUCCAGAAAAUUGUGACGCGUGUGAUCAAUCAACUGGCUAUUGUUUGCGUUGUAAAUAUGGAUGGUACGGUAGAGACUGCUCGGUGCGAUGCCCUGCCGACUGCGAAACAUGUGAUCAGGCUUCGGGACAGUGCAUCAACUUCCGAGCUCGUCCACCUCCAUCUCAACCUCAAUUUUCACCACUUCCAAAAGGCUGUCACCGAGUGGUCACCAAGGAUGGCCGAGAAUUUGUGAGCUGUUAUCCGUAUCACCGUUCUUCAAACAAUACUAACGAUAAUGACAGUGUGGAAGCAUCGGACAAACGCCUACAAGAUCCAAGAUCAAAUCCAGUUAACCGUAACUACGAUCCAAUUUUUGAUCCACGCUCUUCACUCUACGAUCCACGAUACAACCCAUUUGAUCCACAGUAUGAUGUUGAGAAAGACAGGGAAUGGCGGGCCGCCAACCAGGUAACUGAGGAUCAUUCGGAUCACGAUCACUCU